AUGCACGGCGCGUCGUUGAUCGCCUCGAGCGCGCUCGCCCCGCGAGUCAUCGGCGGCGCCUUGAAUUCUGCCAAGUGCAACGUGCGCGACGUGCACAGAGCGCCUUUGAGAAGCGCGUUGAUGCAAAAAGGACUCGUUCGUGGAUUCUCCGUCGUCGCUGAGGCGGGCGACGAAGACGGCGCCGGCGCGGGCGGACGCCAGGAUGAGCACCGCGUGUACGUGGGGAACCUGAGCUGGGGCGUCACUGACGAAUCCCUCGCCGAACUCUUUUCGGAGUUUGACGUGCGAGACGCGAGCGUGAUGAAGGAUCGCGAGACCGGGCGUUCGCGCGGGUUCGCGUUCGUGAGCAUGAACAACGAAGAGGACGUCGAACGCGCGAGCGCGGCGCUGAAUGGGCGAGAGGUCGACGGACGGGAGCUUCGAGUCUCGAAGGCGCAGGCGCAGGCCGAACGUGGUGAACGACCGAUGAGAAUGCCGCGGCAACGACGGGAUUUUGAUCAGGCGGAGGGUCGCCGAGUGUACUUCGGUAACCUCUCUUGGGGGAUGGACCAAUACGACUUGCAGGAUCUUUGCAGCGAGUUCGGUUCUGUCGAAGACAGCCGAUUGAUCACCGACAGAGACACUGGGCGCUCCCGUGGAUUUGGAUUCGUUACCAUGAGUAACACCACUGAGGCCGAUGAAGUUGUUGCGCAGCUCAACGGUCAAGAUGUUGACGGUCGCGUUCUGCGAGUGAACAUCGCCACGUCCAACUGA